CGCCCUGCUCCGGAGCCCCGCCCUCAACUUCCAUGCCCUUUGACCUUUUCCACCUGGUAUAUAUAGCCACUCUGCCUGUCAGAGUUCUCCUGGCUGCCAAAAUGAAGGGUAUUAUCUCAAUCUGCUGCUUUCUGUUUUUCCUGGCCCUGACCAGAACGGAGGAGGACGAGGAGGAUGUGCUGACCUCCAUCUUGCGAGACAGAUCUCACAUCGAGGAAACGCUCAGGCUGGUGUCAGAGGAGCCAGCUGGCGACUUCGCAGCGGCUCUGCAGAGAUUGCGUAAGAUCUACCACUCCUCCAUCAAGCCCAUGGAGCAGGCCUACAAGUACAACGAGCUGCGGCAGCACGAGAUCUCAGCCUACCCUGGACGAACCCUGGGGGCAUCAGCUACAGAUGGUGAGAUCACCUCCAAGCCUAUGGUACUAUUUCUCGGUCCCUGGAGCGUCGGCAAGUCCUCCAUGAUCAACUACCUUCUGGGCCUGCAGGACUCUCCAUACCAGCUCUAUACAGGCGCUGAGCCCACUACCUCCGAGUUCACGGUGAUCAUGCACGGCGAGAAGGUCCGCUCCGUCGAGGGCAUCGUCAUGGCGGCCGACAGCUCCCGCUCCUUCUCGCCCCUGGAGAAGUUUGGCCAGAACUUCCUGGAGAAGCUGGUGGGCAUCGAGAUGCCCCACAAGCUCCUGGAGAGGGUGACCUUCGUGGACACGCCUGGCAUCAUCGAGAACCGCAAGCAGCAGGAGAGGGGCUACCCCUUCAACGACGUGUGCCAGUGGUUCAUCGACCGGGCGGACCUGAUCUUCGUGGUGUUCGACCCGACCAAGCUAGACGUGGGCCUGGAGCUGGAGAUGCUCUUCAGGCAGCUGAAGGGGCGCGAGUCUCAGAUCCGCAUCAUCCUCAACAAGGCCGACCACCUGGCCACCCAGGACCUGAUGCGUGUCUACGGCGCCCUCUUCUGGAGCCUGGCGCCGCUCAUCAACGUGACGGAGCCGCCCCGCGUCUACGUCAGCUCCUUCUGGCCCUACGAGUACGCCCCCGACACCAGCCGCGAGCUGUUCAAGCGCGAGGAGAUCUCCCUGCUGGAGGACCUGAACCAGGUGAUCGAGAACCGCCUGGAGAACAAGAUCGCCUUCAUCCGCCAGCACGGCAUCCGCGUGCGCAUCCACGGCCUGCUGGUGGACCGCUACGUGCAGACCUUCAAGGACAAGAUGAGCUUCUUCAGCGACCCCGAGCUGGUCUUCAAGGAGAUCGUGGACGACCCCGACAAGUUCUACAUCUUCAAGUCCAUCCUGGCCAAGACCAACGUCAGCAAGUUCGACCUGCCCAACCGCGACGCCUACCGCGACUUCUUCGGCAUCAACUCGGUGAACAGCUUCAAGCAGCUGUCGGCCCAGUGCUCCUACAUGGGCGGCUGUCUGCUGGAGAAGAUCGAGAAGGCCAUCACCAACGAGCUCCCCAGCCUCCUGAGCAGCAUCUCCCUAGGCAAGAACCCCAGCCUGUCCUCCUGCGAAGCCACGGGGUGCGGGGAGAAGCCCAAGAACCGCUACCGGAGGCACUGAGACGGAGGAGAGGAGAGGAGGAGGGAGAGAGGGGGAGGAGAGGAGGAAGAGGAGUAGGAGGGGAGGAGAGGAGAGGGGCGGGGGGAAGGAUGGAGGGUCCGUACGGCUGACCUCCUCCGCCCCCCCGGCCCCGCCCCCUCCCGUGAAUCCCAUGAUGUCGUUGUCUGCAGGGAUGGAGGUUCUUUCGGUUUUUCUGUCGUUUUGUUGUUCUUUUUUCAGAGGAAUGCAGGGUGGGAGUUUGGGGUGAAAAGGAAGGGGAGGGGGUGGUCAGUGAGCGGGACUGGCUGAGGGGUACAGGUGUUUGUGUGGUGAGAGUUUCACAGGUGAGUUUUGUCAUGUCGAACUCCCUCCUCUCUCCCCUGCACAGCAGUACAGAACUGUCAGCUGGUUUGGAGAAGAAAAAAAAUACACGUUGGAAAAAAAAUUGCUGAAACAAAAAAAAUUGUAAAAAGAUUUUUAAAUGAAAAAUUACGAGACUUUAACAGUCUGUGCCAGCUCUAUGUAUGUGAAUAAAAUGGAGAAAAAAAUGGAAACAGUAGUUUGACAAUUUUUGUUUGCAGGUUUGCGUUCAAUUUUAUUUCAAUGAUUUGAAAUGGCAACAGGCUGAUUCACUGAGUUUAAACUUUUGUAUUUAUUGUUGUUGCUUUUUUACUGUCUGCAAUUUAGAAGUCUCGUUUCUUUUCUUGGAGAGGACGACCUAGACUUUCUUACACAGCCCUGAGAAGAAUUUGCACACACAUCUGCUGCCAGCCUAAACUUCAGCCCACUGCCACCCCAGCAUGCCAGGGUAUACUGGUGAAACUAAAGCUGCAUGAGAUCCUGUCUUUCUGGCUAUAUAUUUAUUUAUUUAUUUUAUUUCCUGACGUAUGACACCCUGCAAAAAUAACCUGCAGGACCCCGAAACAAGGUCCACAGGAUCCUGCUGUAAAAGCGUGGGUUUAUUAUCGGGCACGUCGACCUGUGUAGUCAGAACCUUCUGCAAGGAAACGCUCUGUUUUCUCUGCUUCUGUGACCCUCCUGGGGGACAGUCUACUGUCCUGUAGACGGUACUGAGCACAGGGGUCAGGGGUCAAGGGUCAUGUCCAAUUUCUUAUUGAAAGAAAGAAUCACUGCUACAUAGUUAGAGGUCUGCCAAAUCAGGUCCCUGCAGUGUGGGGUUACAGGGGAGAAUUUAUAUAUAUAUAAUAGAAAUAUUAUUAUUAUUAUCAUCACGGUGCCUGUCGUGAAUAACCAACAGGCCUGGUGGAUCGCCAGGAGCCUCCUGGGAACAGAGCCAUAGAGUACGGUGGGAAAUCUCCCUUGACUUCCACAUUCUUCCCAGUGUCACUCUGGGGUUUAUAGGUGUCAGUAAAAUUCCCAUAGUUCCUCUGCAGUUAUGUGAGAGGUUAAUGUGGAGUGGCAGGGCCUCGGGAAUGUAACUCUGAUCUCCACUGAAAGCGUCUGUUUUUUUGGCAGGGUUUUUUUAACAUUUUUUUUACUACUUGUUGCUUUACUUAGAAGUGCCGGUCGCAAGACUCCACACACGAUGUGCCAUCUGUUUCCCGGCUUCCCACAAGCCCCACAGGAAGUGUUGGAUAACACAGGACUCGCUUAUUUUUAUGGAGAGAGAGAGAGAGAGAGAGAGAGAGAGAGAGAGAGGAAGAGAGGAGAGGGGUAAAACUUCUGUAAUCAAACUCCCCGGUGGCAGUUUGCCCUCUGACCUCCGUCGAAAUGGUUGCCAGUUGUGCGACUGCUGAGUGGCUGUGUUCGUGUUCCUCUGAGAGGAUGGGGAUUAAGGUUAAUCAAAAAUGUACAGGUUUAUCUCUCUCUCUCUGUCUCUCUCUCUAUGUUACAAUUAAUUAUGUAUUUGAUUCAACUGGCACCCUGCUUCUUGGGAACAACAAUCACAACCAUAUCAAGAAAAUACAAACAAGCUCCUGCCGUGCAACAGAAACUAAAUCGACAUGAAAGAGUACACGAACCUGCCUUGUAUGCAGCGGACUACUCGCGUUACAUUUCCGCAUAACCAGAGAAGAAAACGCGCUGAGUAAUUAUAAUUCACAAAAACUCCUCAAUCGGCGUUUGGGGUUUUAUUUUACCCUUGCUGUUACCAAUUAUGGACACCAGAGGGAGCCCUGUCUCCGAGUCUCCGCCACAAAAGCUGCCCCACAUGACAUUUUGUUCUGGUUGGCAUUUAUAUAGCGCCUUUAUCCAAAGCGCUGUACAAUUGAUGCUUCUCAUUCACCCAUUCAUACACACACACUCACACAUCGACGGCGAUUGGCUGCCAUGCAAGGUGCCGACCAGCUUGUCAGGAGCAUUUCGGGGUUAGGUGUCUUGCUCACUUCGACACAGCCAGGGCGGGGGAUCGAACCGGCAACCCUCCGACUGCCAGACGACCACUCUUACUGCCUGAGCCAUGUCACCCCUGUCGCCCCUGUUCUGUAGUCUAUUUCUGGAAAUUAACGUUAGCCAAUAUAAAUAUAAAAUUAUGACGGAAAGACUUUUUUUUAUUGCAGUACGCUCAAUCAAAUCAAGACUGACUGAAAAGCGUAAGCAAUUCAUCACACAGCAAUGUCUGCCAAAUCAAUAUUUCAUGCAUAAAGAUAAAGACUCCCAUCACUCAAGGAAAAAUAAAUAAAUAAAUAGCGAUGGAUACUUGGUCAAAUUGAUGAAAGAUCUCACAGGAGAUCAAGACGCAUUUACUACAUUAUAUUAUUUUGGCACUGUUCUUCCAUGAUUCUUAACUGUAUAUUUUUGUGUUUUUUUAACCCUUUUUCUUUUGCAGUAUUUUACAUAAAUAUCCUGAUAUCAUAGUUUAACUUAGUGUCAUGUUAAGUUGCUCAGCGUGUAACUCAUUCAUGUAAUCUGGGGGAACUGAUUUUUUGUGUACAUUUUAAAAUGAAAUUGAAUGCAUUCAAGGCAGCAACAUUUGUCUGGAAUAAAGGUUUUUGACUGAAUGUGAUAAAAAA